CGUCUACUCUCUCUCACUCCCUCUCUCUCCUUCUCCCUCCGUCGAAGAAAGAAGGAAACAGAAAUGGCCGAUCCGAGUCACCUGGAGAAAAUGGGCAGAGAGCUCAAGUGCCCUAUUUGCCUGAGUCUGUUGAAUUCUGCGAUUUCACUUACAUGCAAUCAUGUUUUCUGCAAUGGGUGCAUCAUGAAAUCGAUGAAAUCGGGUUCCAAUUGUCCGGUGUGUAAAGUCCCCUACCGGCGUAGAGAGGUUCGUGCUGCUCCUCACAUGGAUAACUUGGUGACCAUUUACAAAAGUAUGGAAGUUGCUUCAGGAGUCAAUAUUUUUGUCACCCAGAAUCCGCCUUUGGAUAGACCAUCAGAUCAUGAAAAGCAAGCUGAAAAUGUUGGAAAUGAUCUCAAUUGUCAUGAGCAAAUUAUUGGUGGGAGUUCUCAGGAAAAAGCGGAUAAUCAGGGAAAGGUUCGAAGAAGGGGUUCUAGUAGAAAAUCUAGAUCAGAAAAUUGUGAUCCCAUUCCUUCAAAGUCUUCCUUUCCUACCAACAAAAGGGUUCUCGCUGAAAACACCAAGGAUGAACCUGGAAGGAGUUCAGUUGUUCUAAAGGAUAGUUCUGCUCUAAAUGAAAAGGGUGAACCGGUGCUUUUACCCUUUUUUUGGUUGAGGGCAGAAGAUGGUGUAGAAAAGCCAAGUCAGCAAACUGAUGGUGAUCAACUCCUGUAUGCAACACCACCCGAAGUUCCUUCCUUCAGUGAUCUUAAGGACUCUGACGAUGAAGGCUCCCCUGAAGUUGAGGUGCAUGGAAACUCCAAUGUUGCAGACCUUUUCGAUAGCGAAAUGUUUGAGUGGACACAAAGACCCUGUUCCCCUGAACUUCUCCCUAGUCCUGUUAAGAUUCAGGUUGGAAACAGUGAUAAACUUGGUGAAAUUCAUCAAACAUCUGAGGGUGCAAGUAUACUGGAACCGUGUACACAUAAAGGAAUUGAUACUAUUAAUUCAGAAGGUGUAGCACCAGGCAUACCUUCCAGAAGCACAGCUACCAGAAACUGUGUCAGGAACUGUAAGCUCAAGAAAAUAAGUGGGAAAGCCAUGGCAAAAGUCACAAGAGGGAAGAUUGCAAAAAGAAAUACUGGUCUUGUGUCGAGCAUUCAUUCUAAUUUAAAGAAUGCAUCUGAAAGUUCCUUGCAGAAGCAACCAACUGGCAAAAGUGGAAGUUCUUCGAGUUCCAAGAAGACUAGGAAUAAGCAUAAAGCUAGUUUGGAUGACCAGACAACUAAGGCAGCAACUGAAAAUGUUUGUUAUUCCUCUAUCUGUAAGGGCAAGGAAAAUAUGGUCGAUGCUGCAAUUAGUAAAAAAUUAGAUGAUGCUGGUUAUCAGAAUUUAAAGAGGGAAAGAAAUUCUGGUUCAAAGUCAAAGAAGCAAAAUCUGGAUUCUGCUGAGGUUUAUGUGCUGGAAGAAGUCUCUGCAGAUCAAAAUCAGGCAAAUGAAGAUAUGACAUUGCAGAAGUCUGCUUUAUUUGUUUCUCUAGCUGAUGAUAAGGAUGCUCCUGAUUUCAUUGAAAGGCCCAUCAAACGAGCCAGAGAAGUAAAAUCUGCCUUGCGUUCAAGAGGCAAGAAAGGCCAAAGUUGUAAGAAAAAAAUGAAAGUUGAUUUUAAUGUCAACUCAACAAGUUUGUUGGUUGAAGACCAUCAAGAGCAAAUUAGAAAUGUUUUCUGGGAGGAAUCAAUUGAACAACUCCAAGGCAGCCCUAAUAACAGAGUUUUAGAAGGUUCAUGUACAGGAAAGAAGCUUCCUCUGGAAAAUGGAGUGGCUUUGCAAAAAUGUCAAACAUUUGCUGAAAAAAUACGAUGUGCUUUCUGUCAUUCUUCAGAAGAAUCUGAGGCUGCAGGUGAGAUGGUCCAUUACCUUAAUGGCACGCCUGUCACUCAAGAUUACAUUGCUAGCUCCAAGAUCAUGCAUUCACACAAGAAUUGCGCUGAAUGGGCGCCUAAUGUUUACUUUGAAGGUGAUACUGCAAUUAAUCUUGAAGCUGAAUUGUCUAGAAGCCGGAGAAUAAAAUGCUCUUGCUGUGGACUGAAAGGUGCAGCUCUGGGGUGUUAUGAGAAGAACUGUCGCAAGAGCUUUCAUGUUCCUUGUGCAAGGCUGAUGUCGCAGUGCCGAUGGGAUACUAACAAUUUUGUAAUGCUGUGCCCUCUUCAUGCCUCUUCUAAGUUGCCAAAUGAAGUUACAGAAUCACAAGAAAGGAGAAAGGAAUGUGUUUCAAAAGAACAACUACAAAAUCAAUGCAAUCAAGUGGUUAUUAGAAAUGGGGUCGGUUUGCAACAGACACCGAAUAUAGGCAGAUUGCCUCACAAAUUAGUUAUCUGUUGUUCUGCUCUUACAGCCGAAGAGAGGGAAAUUGUGUCUGAAUUUGAGAAGACAUCUGGAGUGACAGUGUUAAAGAAAUGGGAUUCAAGUGUCACCCAUGUUAUUGCAUCCACAGAUGAAAAUGGAGCAAGCAGAAGAACACUCAAAAUUUUAAUGGGUAUCUUGGAGGGAAAGUGGAUAUUGAAUAUUGAAUGGGUUAAAGCUUGCAUGAAGGCCAUGGAACCAGUUGAUGAAGAAAAAUAUGAAAUUGCAGUUGACAUUCAUGGAAUCAGGGAUGGUCCACGACUUGGAAGAUUGAGACUUCUGAACAAGCAACCAAAGCCUUUUUAUGGGUUCAAGUUCUAUCUAAUGGGAGAUUUUGUACCCUCAUAUAAGGGAUAUCUACAAGACCUAGUACUUGCAGCUGGAGGAACCAUUCUACACAGGAAGCCCAUUUCAGGAGAUCAACGAGUCCCAUUAUCUGGGUCCUCUAUACCUUCAACCUACAUAGUUUACAGCCUUGAGUUGGCUGACAACUCUGACCCCUGCAAAAAAGACAUGAUCUUGAAACAGCGGAAAUCCAAUGCUGAGGCACUGGCGACUUCAACCAGAACCAAAGCAAUAAGCAAUUCCUGGGUCUUGAACUCCAUUGCUGGAUGCAAACUGCAAAACUUUUCCUGAAUAAUCAUGCAAAAUGCAUUUUCUGCCGCUUCAACGGUCCUGUACACGUAUAAUAUGGACAUUGGUUUUUCAUUCUUCUUCUUUUUAUUUUUAUUUUUUUAAUGUAGACAUUUAUGAAUGAAUGUUUUAAUUAUAU